AUGGAGCGCGUGAUCUCGCAGGCACUGGCGGCCGCGCUGCCUGCCCUGGACGAGGCGAUCGUCACGUACCUCACGAGCGUCCUCCACGACGAGCUCGUCGACGCCGCGCCGCCGAUCCAUGACGCGUCGGCGCUCGAGGCGCUCCUCGUCACGCACGUCGCGCCGUUCCUCGCGGAGCCAGCGGCCGAGCCGCGCGUGUGUGCGUCGCUGGCGCGUACUUUACUGGCUACGAGCGAACUUAAGCAGUACUUAACGACGGCCCCGGCCGCCCUUGCAGCGCCCGAGCUCCGCGUGUUGGCGCACGCGCAGAGCAUUGAAGAACAGGCGCGGAGAGACGACGUGGGCGACGCCGAGUCGCUCCUCGCGCGCAUGUGGGGCUUUGACAAGAUCCGGAAGACGACGAACAACGAACUGGACGCGCAGGAGUCGGCGCUCUCGGCCCGCCAAGUGCGCAAACAGGUGAAGCUCGAGCAGCUGACGGCCGAGCAGGCGGCCGAGCAGGCGGCGCUCGACCGCGAGUGGGAAGACGCGCGGUUUCUGCCCGACUUGACGCACGACACGGGCGAAAAGGACGUGCACGUGCCGCGGCUGACGAUCCACUUCAAGGGCAAAACGCUGCUGGUGGACACGGCGCUGAAGAUCGUCGCGGGUCGGCGCUACGGCCUCGUGGGGAAGAACGGCGCGGGCAAAACGACGCUGCUGCGGUACAUUUCGCACUAUGAGCUCGAGGGCUUUCCACGGCACAUUCGCAUCCAACUGGUCGAGCAAGAGUCGGCAUCGAAGCUGAGCAAAGACGACCGCAGUGUCCUGGACGUGGUGCUCGCUGCCGACUACGAGCGCACGUUGUUGCUGCAGGAGGAGAAGGAGCUGUCGGCGCGAGAGACGGAAGCGCACGAAGACCACAGUGUACGGCUGAAGGAGAUUUACGAUCGGCUGGCGAACAUUGACUCGGACACGGCCGAGUCGAGGGCACGGUCGAUUCUGAGCGGACUGCAGUUCCCUGAGCAUGUGGUCGAUGGACCGGCCAAGGCGCUUUCUGGCGGAUGGCGCAUGCGGACAGCGCUGGCAGGCGCGCUGUUCAUGGCGCCCGACUUGCUGUUGCUGGAUGAGCCCACGAACCACUUGGAUCUCGAAGCCGUGAUUUGGCUGGAGCACUACCUGGAAAAGUACGACAAGCAGAUCAUUGUCGUGUCGCACGACCGAAAUUUUUUGAAUGCGGUGACUACGGACAUUGUCCACUUGACGCGGCAGAAGCUCGUAUAUUACAAGGGUGAUUACAACACGUUUGAGAACACGAUGAAAGAGAACUUGCGGCAGCAGCGAAAAGCCUAUGAUGCCCAGCAGAUGAAGAUCCAGCACAUGCAAGAGUUCAUCGAACGCUUUCGGGCGAAUGCGAAAAAGGCUCCGCUCGUGCAGUCGCGUGUCAAGGCGCUGGACAAGAUCCUGCGCAAUGAGCUGAUUGACGAGCCCGAGGACGAGCACGCUUUCCGGAUGAACUUUCCGCCCCCGGAGCCGCUCGGUCGGCCUAUCAUUGCCGUCGAAGACGUCGGCUUCCGGUAUACGCCGACGUCGCCCUUUCUUUUCAAGGACGUGCACAUGGGCAUCGACAUGUCGAGCCGCAUUGGUAUUCUCGGUGUGAACGGUUCGGGUAAGUCUACGCUCAUCAACGUCAUGAUCGGCAAGCUUCGUUCGACCGAGGGAUCCGUCACUUUGAAUCAGCGCCUGCGUGUGGCCACGUUUACUCAACACCACGUCGACUCGCUGGACCUGUCGAAGUCUGCCGUGCAGAACAUGAAGGAGAUGUUCCCUGGCCAUGAGCCGGACGAGUUCCGUUCGCACCUUGGUCGCUUCAAUCUCUCAGGUGAGCUGGCAAUCAAACCCACGCGUACGCUAUCCGGUGGUCAAAAAUCUCGUGUCGGAUUUGCACUCAUGACGUGGCGCUUGCCGCAUGUUGUGGUGCUCGAUGAGCCCACGAAUCACUUGGACAUGGAGACGAUUGACGCGCUGAUCGAUGCUCUGCGUGAUUUCAAGGGCGGUGUGGUGAUUGUUUCGCACGACCAGCACUUUGUCACGAGCGUGUGCGAAGAGCUGUGGGUGGUGGGCGACCAGAAAGUGGCUCGCUUCCGUGGUACGAUGAACGAGUACAAGAACCACGUGCUGGUGAAGAAGUGA